AUGUAUAAUUUAAGGAAGGGGUCCAAGACAUCCUGCUUGAGGGGGAUCGAUGAGUUUCUGUCCAUUGAGAAUCAAUCUGCUGGACAGGAAGAGGAACAGACAGCUGAGCCUGCUCCAGGGGAAGAGCAACGAGUGGUUGAUCCUCCCGUGAUAAGAGCAGCGGGAAAAAGAAAACUCUCUGCAGAUGAAGCCGGCCAGUAUGAUAAGCAGAUCCGUCAGAAACUGCUGGUGGAUUCUCCCCCAAAAGGCCAACAAAAAUCCAAGUUGAUGGCUGAGGCCAUCAAAGCUGCUAUAGAUGAAGAACAACAAGAAUCGUCUGUUGCAGGCCUGCCACAUAGAGCUGGACUUCGUUCUCAUGGCCCAGCUUUAUCGAGCGAAGCUUCUUCUUACCAUCCUCCUGAGGGCGAAGAGGAUGAAUUAAUGGCUGCAGAUGCAGAGUCUGCUCCGAUGAUGGACCUUCCCAAGUCUCCUGCCUUAGAACCAGGGGGUUCACCUUCUCCAGGGACUACUGCUACUACUACUUCAGAGCCAGAACCUGCGCAGAUGUUGGCUCCUUUAGUAGAGCAACAUUUACCUGGCUCUCCUACGACAACGGUUUCACCUGCAGCGUUGCCUGAAACUACUGCCGCAACUCCUCCUCCCGAACAGCAACUUGUGCAGGUGUCAGCUCUUAUGCAGGAGCAGGCCUUACCUGCCUCAUCCACCGUAGCUGCUUCAUCUACAGCAUUGAUGAAGAUCUCACUUGCGCCCACGGAGGCUGGACCAAGCGCGUCUCCAGCUAGAGCAAUGAUGGCUUUGACUUCAAGCCCUUCGCAAUUGAAUGUUUCAGUUGCCUCCGCGACUUCUACACCCAAAUCACUUGCCAAUCCAUAUUUCGGCGCGUCCACUUCUGGGGUCGUCGAGUCGUCCUCCAUUGCUUUUUCCAGUCCAGCAGACGCUCCUGACUUCCUCCAUAUUUCCUUGAGCUACUUGAACAGUCUCGUGAGGAAGGUAAUUGAGGUUGUCACAGCUGGUCGAGGCCGCUUUGAUUCUCUUAAGUAUCUCCUAGAAGCGGGCUUAAAUGGGGUCAAGAGUGUGGGUAAUGCCCAUUGCUUUGAACGUUGUUCGGAAGCUAUUUCCCACUUGGAAGCCCAGCUCAAACAUUUGGAAGCCCUCAGCCACGAAGACAUUCAGACACAGAUCGUGUCUACUUUUGCUGACUUCCAGGUUGAGGAAGUGACCCGCCGUGAGAGCGAUCUGAGACAAAAAGAACUGGAGCUCUCAACUGCUUCUUUGGACCUCAUUCGCACGAAACUGGUCGAAGCUGAGGCGGAGGUGCUGAGAUUGAAAGCCCAGCUUUCUCGUGAAGAAGCCGUCGUUAAUAUACUUGGGGCCAAAAAUACGAACACUCUUUUGAAUUACCAUACGGAAGCUCAGGCUCUUGAAAGAGCGAAGAAGGAGGCAGUCGCUGAAGUAGCACCCACCGAGGAUGAUAUGCGGAAGAAGGCUGAAGCCGUUGUGCGAGCCAGUCAUGAAGAAAAGCUUGCUGAUGCUAAAGCUCAACUUGCCUCUUUUGACUUGACUUUAUACAAGUCACAAGAAAUGCCUGAGAUGUAUUCCUGA